AUGGUUGAGGAAGAACUUAAGGAGGUGCUGGUGUUGAGGCGGAGGAAUACAGCGAUGAACAGAAAGAGUGCUUCAGUUAUUGUUGGCAUGGUUGCUUUUUUCCUACAGCAUUCUGCAAUAUGUGGUGUGCUGGUGUCUGCAAACAUCCUAUCAAUUUGGUUACAUGAAGGAUUAGACAAGGAAAAUGGAGGAAGAGAGACGAAGUUAUCCCAUAACGGCUGGGUUUUUGCAGCGGCCACGACACCACCAGUUGCAAACAGAAUGAUGGAUGACAGGGCAACCAUUGUAGCAAGAAUCGUAGCAUUCACCUUGCACUUGCGAGGAGUCCAUAACCUGCUCUUUUACUUCUUCCGCACUCGGAGUUACUAUGAGGCACACCACCACCAACAGCAACGCAACAACACAUUUCUUCUCCAUUUCUUUGCUGCUGUUGGUGGUGCUUCUUUUGAUUUUUCCCCUUCCCUCACCUUGCUAUUGCAGCAACCAGAGGUAUUUAUACAAUCUAAUGCUACUUCCUUGCUAAAUAUAUCCACGGUUGCCCUAACUUUAAGAACAGAAAAAUUUGGAAAUCUGAAAAUAGGAUUUGUUGCUUCCAUGGUUUCUCUGAAUCUCCAUUGGUGUCGCUACGACGAAUGA